CUGUCCCCACGAAAGCUUAGUAAUGAUAGAUGGCGGGUUGAGCAACUAGUUUCAUAUGAGUCAUUCCCGAACAUAGCAAUUGCCAAUUUUCUGCUGCAGAUUCCAACCGUGUCAUCUUUCCACGUAAAUAUAUUCAUCUCUUUCACUUUGUUGAUUGAGAGUUCAAGUUCAUUCACUCGUGUUCUGUUUCUGGGACCUCAACGCACUCACUCACUCACCACCACUUUAUUCUUCCUUGUUCACAAAUUCUCUGUCACAUUCAGUCUCUUCUGUUUUCCAUUGGAAUAAGUUCUUCCCUUUCCAUUUUUCAACUCCCACCACUCAUUUUUUAUGAACAAAAUCCACAACAAGAGAAUAAAAGAAAGAUUCAUUGUGCCAAAAGCUUAUCAAUUUGACUUCAACUUGCUUCUCCAAGUGAUUAUGUAAACCCUUGUACAGUUGAUGCAAACAUCCUAUAAAUUACCAACCUAUAACAUCAAACUGUUGUUGUUUUUAUCCCUUGUCCUUUGCUAGCUCUUUCUCUUUCACUUUGUUGUUGUUGUUGUUUUGUUUCUUUUGUUGACUUUUGAAACCUGAGAUUCAGAAUAUAUGGAACGUGGGGUUCUUGAUGGUAUCAUCAAUAGGCUGCUUGAUGUAAGAGGCAGACCUGGGAAGCAGGUACAGCUUUCUGAGGCAGAAAUCAGGCAGCUUUGUCUUGUCUCUAAGGAUGUUUUCAUGAAACAACCAAACCUCUUGGAACUUGAAGCACCAAUUAAGAUCUGUGGUGAUGUCCAUGGUCAAUAUUCCGACCUUCUGAGACUUUUUGAGUACGGUGGAUUCCCUCCUCGAUCCAAUUAUUUAUUUUUAGGUGACUAUGUUGAUCGCGGGAAGCAAAGUCUGGAGACAAUAUGCCUUCUUCUGGCGUAUAAAAUAAAAUAUCCUCAGAACUUUUUCCUUCUGAGGGGUAACCAUGAAUGCGCUUCCAUAAACCGUAUCUACGGAUUUUAUGAUGAGUGUAAAAAGAGAUUCAAUGUCAAGCUCUGGAAACAGUUUACAGAUUGUUUCAACUGCUUGCCUGUGGCAGCUCUCAUUGAUGAAAAGAUACUAUGUAUGCAUGGUGGACUCUCUCCCGUAUUACACAGUUUAAAUCAGAUAAAGAGUUUGCCGCGUCCGAGUGAAGUCCCUGAAACUGGUCUGCUAUGUGAUCUUCUGUGGUCUGACCCUAGUAGUGACAUUCAAGGUUGGGGAGAAAAUGAACGAGGAGUGUCCUAUACUUUUGGUGCUGACAGGGUGAAAGAAUUUCUUCAAAAGCAUGAUCUUGAUUUGAUUUGCCGAGCACACCAGGUUGUGGAAGAUGGAUAUGAAUUCUUUGCUAACAGACAACUAGUAACAAUCUUCUCGGCGCCUAAUUACUGUGGGGAAUUUGACAAUGCUGGUGCCAUGAUGAGUGUGAGUGAGACACUUGUUUGCUCUUUUCAAGUAUUGAAGCCUCUAGAUAAAAGGGCUAAGUCUGUCCUUGGGAGCACAACUACAGUUAAGCCUAGUGCUCUUACAAAACUCAAGAAAUCUUUGGUACCGAGCCAAUGUUGACUUGGAAGAAGUGCUAUGACUUUUAUCAGUGUUCACUUCAAUGUGAAGGAAGAAUAGAAGUACCAAUUAUCCAAUAUAACACAAGAGCUUUGAAAAAUUAAGGGCGACUGAAUUUUUGUUUCUUCUGCUGGCUCAGUUGCACCUUAAACAAUACUGUCAAAUACAAAUGGAGGAGUCAGGUGUCACUUUUCUUCUCUUAUCACCAUCACCUUUGCAAAUCUCCCUUUGUAUUAUAAUGAAGCAAUGCAGAGUACCUUUAAACUUCAUUUAGAAAUUCAAUCAAUGUCACCAUUGUGAAUGUUGCCCCUCUUUAAGACCAAUGUCACCAUUGUGAAUGUUGCCCCUCGUUUAGACCCCUUGCAAGGUUCAAAUUUUUAUGUUGACAAUUUCUUUUUUCUUUGGUGGCCUGAAAUACUUGAUGUUAUGAAAUUUAUGAGGGCUACUUAUUGCCUCACCAUUUUAUCAUGAACGAAAGAUGAUGUUUUGAUCA